UUGUUCUGCCGAUGACUCCAACAUUCAUUUGCAUCCAAAGCAAUAUCGUUCGUUCAUUCCGAGCUCUAGGGAUUUCGCCGAUUGUUGGUCCUAUUGCACCUACAAUCUAUCUGUAUCCGUGGGCGGAAAGCAAUUCCCAGUCUGAUUUUGAAUCUCCUGAAUUAUUUUGCCCAGCAAAUUUCCCAAUAGACCGUUACAUCUUCUAUGUCGGAUGGAUCUACCGGAAAUGCUAGAAAUAUUUUAAUGCGGUGGCAACAGUCAGAGCAAUCUUGAGCUGUACUAGUUACGAAGAAACGAAGUAUUAUAUCGAAACACUCGCAGUUAACGGUUGGCGGUCCAGCUCGUAGGCAAUCACAGAAAAUGUUGACCGUGAGAUGUGUGAAAAUCACUACAGCUGCCGUUCCAUUUUUUGUAUUGUUUUUGCUUUUUCCGAUCAUUUUGAAAGUGAGUCAAGAAUCCGGUCGCCCACUCAUGUGCUAUAAAUGUUGGGCCGAUAAAAGCAACGAAGGAGAUAUGUCCGUUUGGGAUCGUCCGUGGUGUUUGCUGGACCAGAAACAUCCAGAAGCCAUGGCAGAAACAAUCGUUUGUCAGUCCACUGAAGCUUAUUGUGGCAUCUACUAUCAUGAAAAGCAAGAUCACGAGGAAGAUGGUGCAUCCGCAAUAUUUGUACGAGGCUGCCAAGAAGACCGACUACGACCAAGCCUGUUCAUCGGAAACUUACAGGCUAUGAUCUACGGUACGCCUACGGGCCGAAAAUUCACGGUGGCAGACCCUUUGCGCAAUACCAAUCACAGUUACUGGGCCUUUGAUCAAGUCUGCACGACUUCGCUCUGCAACUCGUGGGCGGAUCACACUCGCCAAUGGGGCUGGAUCAAUUGGAUUAAAGAGGCCUAUACGUUCCACUGCCCCGGAUUGCCUCCUCAGUAUAAUGAUAGAACAGUUGAAGAAGAGAUGACAAAUUCUACAAAUUCGUGAAUAAUAAGGCAGUAAUGAAGGAAUCGCCGUCCAACUGUAACAGCGUUACGGGAUCUUUAAAUUUUGCAAAUGUUGAGAAAAUGUAGAACUGAAAUUUAGCGAGACAAAGAAAAAAUGAUUUCUGAGGCCGCA